AUGGUGGUGUCUUAUAAAUUAUUAUUGGACACUGAAUCUCGCAGCGAGAGAGAUAGAUUGCGAGCUCGAUUCUAUAAGGUGCUUUUCUACCAACUGAAGGAUAGAUUGUGUGAGACGUACCUUCGAUCUGAUACACUGGAUAUGAUCACUCGGUUCAUCACAUCAUCCAGACUUAUCGACUGCGAGUUCAAUACAGUGAAGCAAAACAUCAGAAAAUGGGCCCAGAGUGGUGGAAAAUAUGAUGCCUUAUGCAGAGACCUGGCUGAGGAUGAGGAGGAUGUCAAUGGUCAGGAGUACGGAUACUUAGGGACCUUAUUUCGUCUACCUGAUGAUGUGACAGAUAGAUCCCUAAAAGACCUUCCAAAUGAGGGCCAUCCAGGGAAAUCAAGAUUAAUCGUUUCAUAA